AGCGUGAGCAAAGCAAAACACAACAAAGAAUAAAGAAUCAGUCAGUUACUACUGAAACAGAGAGUUGAUCGCACGUAUACUUACGAUCAAGACGUUGUGUUUAUAAUAUUGAGUUAAUUUUAUUAGAAAGCGUAAACAGUUUUAUUGCAUUUUACUGCAAUAUACUUAUCAUCGUUCCUUCUAAUUUGCAAGAAUGUUUUCAACGAAAAAGAGCUGGGAUAAGAUUUUGCAAAUCUACAAAAAUGAAAUUCGCCGGCAAAUUAGCAAGACAACAAGCGUUACCAACUCCGAUGCAAUGGCACCGAGGCUCGAUCAAUCAGCGAACAAGUCACCGCAGAACGAUGAAAUUGGUCUACCUAAGAAAUUGUUGAAGUUGCAGAAAUAUCACAGAUUCCUGUCAACCCUCACGCCGCAGCAAAUGCCACUGGCCGCCCGCGGACUGGCGGUCUCCAAAGACCAGUCCCGGGAGUUCAUGGCUUGCUUCCCGGACAUCGUGAGGGACCUCACAAAGACUGGCAAGCAUAUUGACGUGCCGGAAGCCAGCAAGUGGUUGGCUAAGUUGUUACAAUACAAUGUGCCAAAUGGAAAGAAGAAUCGAGGACUGGCUACCGUACUUGCGUACAAAAUGCUUGAGAAACCUGACAACUUGACACCAGAGAACAUACAUUUGGCCAACAUCAUGGGAUGGUGCACGGAAAUGUUUCACACACAUCAGUUGCUACUGAAUGAUAUAAUGGAGGGUUCAGAGAUGCGGCGCGGCGCACCCUGCUGGCACCGUCGCCCUGACGUCGGUCUUUCUGGCAUCAAUGACGCGGUCUUCGUCCAAUCCGCUAUGUAUUCCACACUUAAACGUCACUUCUCCGCUAAAUCUUACUACAAGAACGUACUGGAAAUGUUCAAUGAGAUGUUACUGAAGUGUUCCAUUGGUCAUCAUUUAGAGAAACAGUUGACAAAGACUGAUAAACCGGAUCUUUCAUUAUUUACUAUGGAAAAAUAUGAAGCUAUCACAAAAUACAAGACUGCGUACUACACAUUCCAAAUGCCAGUUGGCUUGGCUCUAUUGAUGACAGGCAUCGACGAUCCAGAGACUCACAGACAAGCGAAGACGAUCCUUUUGGAAAUGGGCGAAUUCUUCCAAAUACAGGAUGACUUCUUAGACUGCUUUGGAGAUCCAGCAGUAAUCGGCAAAGAUGGCUGUGAUAUUCAAGACGGCAAAUGUACGUGGCUUGCCGUCGUAGCACUACAAAGGGCAACACUGGAGCAACGGCAAAUAAUAGAAAACCACUACGGCAGCGCUAAACCUGAAGAUGUUGCCAGGAUUAAAGAUUUAUACGAAGAAUUACAAUUGCCUCAUACAUAUUCGGUAUACGAAGAGGCGACAUACGAUCUCCUUAGGACACAAAUACAACAAGUCACUAGAGGCCUGCCACAUGAUUUCAUAUUGAGAAGCAAUAGUUGUAAAAUGGCAACUAAUGUUUCAAUAUCUGAGCGGCAGAAAGAAAAGGAGACAUUUCAAGAUGUCCUUCCAAAUGUUAUUCAAUCUAUAGUCACAAUACCUAAAUUAAUAGAAGUCCCAGAGUUUUCUGUAUGGAUGAAAAAGGUCUUAGAAUAUAACUUAGCUGGUGGAAAGAAGAAUAGAGGUCUUAUAACAGUACAAGCAUAUGAGAUGUUGGAAAAACCAGAAAAUAUAACAGAAGAAUCAUUAAGACAAAGUCGUAUAAUGGGAUGGUGUGUAGAGAUGCUGCAGGCCUAUUUAUUAAUGACAGACGAUAUAAUGGAUGGAUCUACUACCCGUCGAGGGGUCCCUUGUUGGUUCCGUUUGCCGGAGGUCGGCUUGGGAGCUGUCAAUGAUGUUAUUCUGGUCUACACCGCCAUGAUGGAAGUAUUAAAAUUACAUUUCGGGGACAAAAAUGAGUACACUCAUAUUGUGAAUUCGUUUAACGAAACGUUAAUGUUCACAUCCUUAGGACAGCAUUUGGAUUACACAAUGGCGCAUAGGAAAAAGAACGAUUACAGUCUAUUUACGAUAGAUAGAUAUAAUGCUAUCGUUAAAUAUAAGACAUCUUAUUAUACAUUUAAACUGCCUAUAUGUUUGGGCAUGCUUCUAGCUAACAUCACAGAUCCCAACAGUCAUAAGAUAGCUGAAGAGAUCUGUUUAGAAAUCGGACAUCUGUUUCAAAUGCAGGACGACUUCAUAGACUGUUUCGGUUCGGAAUCCGUGACUGGUAAAGCGGGUACUGACAUCCAAGAGGGUAAAUGUUCUUGGCUUGCUGUUACUGCGCUGCAGCGCUGCAAUGAUGCUCAAAAGAACGUAUUCGUAUCCUGCUAUGGGAGUAAAGAGCCAGCUCAUGUUGAACGUAUUCAACGACUGUACGAACAAUUGGGACUACCUAAAUUGUACAGAGAAGAAGAAAGGGCGAGAUACGACGCGGUAGUCGAAAGAGUUCAACAUCUACCUCCUAAUACAAAUCUCCCUCCUGAACUCUUCCUCAGGACGCUAGAUAUGAUCUAUAAGAGGCAACAAUAAUUUAUAAAUGAGAGGCUAAUAUGAAUAACCGUUGUUCUUAAAAAUUAAACGGCUGGAUAGUUUAAGAUUUUUACUACAUUUUUUUUUAAUUUAUUAUUGUUCAGUAAACAUUUUCGUUAACAAAUGAGUGGUACAAGAUAUUUUAACAUGUUUAUAAAAAUAUUAUUUUAUGUGGCAGUGGAAGCUCACGGUUAGAUUAAAUAUAAAGGUUAUGUUAUAUUUACGUAUUGAAAUCUACGGAUUCGUAGUCUUAUUAUUAUCCAAAGUAAAAUAAUGCUUCCAUUUUAGAUUACUUAUUUUCGAAAUACGAUCGAGUAAAAUUUUACUAACUUUAAUAACAUUCAAUAUCUAUAUAUAAAAUACAAAGCAGAUUUUCCGUGAACCUUUUCGAUUCUUUGCUCGUUUGCCCCUUCAAUAAAAAAAAUAAUCUCAGAGCACCGAGAGACCUAGACAUUUCAUAACCACUAUUUUAAAAUAACGACGUUACAACAUUGUAAUUCGUUCUAUCAUUUUACGAUAUAAACUGUCGUUUACAAGUACGCGUUGUUUACAUGACAAAGGUCAAUGUUCUUUUAAUAAGAACUAGCUGUGACCCGCGACUCCGUCCGCGUGGAUAUCUAAAAAAACUUAAUUAGUGUAGCCCACCCAUCCAUCCAU